CAGCUGCACGUCGCCUUUACUUUCACUGGGACACCGAGGAGCAGACUUCAUCCAGGAGCACUGAGCCCCCCCCCCCCUCCACCGCCGGCCUCAUUACACCAAUUAUCAGGACUGUAUGAAGCUCGAACGACCAGCAAUACUUCCAGCACGCGCCUGUUAUAUAAAGACACUGUGACGUCAUCAUAGCUGGAGUUGGGAUCAAUUGUGACGGUGAGCACAGCCAGGUCACCAUGAAGGGUGAGGAGACCCGGCAGAGGAGGAAGGAGGGUCGUGCCAAAAACACAGAGCGUUCCAAGCAAAGAGCAAAGCACAAGGCCAGGCACAACGAGAGCCGAGCCCCGACCCGGGAGAUGGUGGAGGAAGAGCUGCUGCCGCCGGUCAUUCCCGAGAAGCGCCCCCAAGAGAAGAAGCCUCCUAUGCCCAAACCUGGGGAUGAGUCCUCCUUUUCCAUCGCCCUCCAGGUCCUCUUCCCUUACCUGCUGGCAGGACUGGGCAUGGUCCUAGCUGGGCUGGUGCUGGACGUGGUGCAGCACUGGGAUGUCUUCAGAACCAUCACAGAUGUUUUCAUACUGGUGCCAGCUUUGGUUGGCCUUAAGGGGAACCUGGAGAUGACGCUGGCUUCUCGGCUUUCCACUGCUUCAAACACAGGUCAGAUGGAUGACCCCAGUGAAAGGUGGAAGAUGGCAGUCAGCAAUUUAGCUUUAAUUCAGGUUCAGGCCACAGUGGUUGGGCUCCUGGCUGCUGUCGCUGCCGUUAUCUUAGGGGCUCUGUCUAAAGGUUACAUUGAGCUGGACCAAGCUGCAGUCCUCUGCGCUAGCAGUGUCACCACGGCGUUUGUGGCUGCCCUGUCCUUGGGUCUGGUGAUGAUUGGAGUCAUCAUUGCAUCCAGGAAAUUUGGAAUAAAUCCAGACAAUGUGGCCACACCCAUUGCUGCUAGUCUGGGGGAUCUGAUCACACUGUCGCUUCUGGCUGGUGUCAGCACCACCCUUUUCAACUACAGAGAUAUUCAGUACCUCUCUCCGCUAAUCUGUGUGGUCUUCAUCAUCCUGAUCCCGCUGUGGGUAGCGAUGGCUAAGCAAACCCCUUCCAUUGCUGAAGUCCUGAAAUCUGGUUGGCAGCCGGUCAUUGUAGCCAUGUCCAUUAGCAGUAUUGGUGGCCUUAUCCUGGACAAAACCGUAACGGAUCCCAAAUUCGAAGGAAUGGCCGUAUUCACUCCGGUUAUUAAUGGUGUGGCCGGGAACCUGGUUGCUAUUCAGGCCAGUCGGAUCUCCACCUUCCUCCAUUUCUGGAGCAUGCCGGGCGUCCUGCCAUACAAGAUGAGGCAGCACUGGCCCAAUCCUUUCACCACCUUCUUCUCCUCCGGUGUUAAUUCCAAAUCAGCCCGAGUACUGUUCCUAUUGGUUGUCCCUGGUCACCUGGUCUUCCUGUACACCAUCCACUUGUUACAAGGCGGUCACAUCUCGCUCACCGUACUCUUUGUUACCUUCUACUUGGCCGCCGCCCUCAUACAGGUCUGCAUCUUGCUCUAUGUAGCGGACCUCAUUGUUCGGUUCGUGUGGCGGAGAGGACUGGACCCGGAUAAUUACUCCAUCCCAUACCUCACUGCCCUCGGGGACCUGUUGGGUACCGGUUUCCUUGCCAUCUGCUUCCGCUUGGUCUGGCUUCUCACUGGUACAGAGGAGGCAGAGCUGGGCAAUUAGACUGAUUCCUUCAUUUUGCUGCCAGUUUUUGCAGAAGAUCCAGGGAAAUUUCUUACCAGCAGCCAACACCAAAUAGGACUUGGAAUUCGCAAUAUUUAUCAGCCCGACGAACAACACUGCACCGGAUUUAUAAUGGAAAGAAUUUGUUUUUUUAUGUGUAUAUAAAUCUGAUGCCGUUUAUUUCCGAUAGAAUAAAUUUUACUGAAAACAUA